CGUAAUUUUUAAACUGUACUUACUGCGCCGGCGUACGAAGAUCUGGCGUCGUGUUAUCCGACGAGACCGAUGUCCCUCUCUCGACAGCUGAGAGUCGCCCUUCGACUACUUCCCUGCUUCUCGUAAAUCUUCUGGUUUCGAUUAAAAAGAUACAAUAAGUGGCGAAGAUCAAGCAAUCUACCAAUUCCAUUAAAGAGGGAGAGAACACAGAGAAAUGAUCCUACCUGUAGUGAAGCUAGGAACUCUUUUUCUAAAAGCCAUAUGCAAACCUGUUGCUAAUCGGCUCAAGAAAGAGGCUGGAUUUCACCCUAAGUUUCGCCAGCUGAUCAUUAACAUCGCCCAGGCAAAUCAUCGUUUUACAACUAGAAUCCAAAGACGCAUUUAUGGUCAUGAUACUGAUGUAGCAAUACGUCCUCUGAACGAGGAAAAAGCUAUUCAAGCUGCUGCAGAUCUUCUUGGGGAGCUAUUUGUAUUCACGGUUGCUGGAGCUGCUGUUAUUUUUGAGGUGCAAAGAAGUGCCCGGUCAGAAGCAAGAAAGGAGGAGCUGCGCAAACAGGAACUGGAGGCCAUGAAACAGAGGGAUGAAGACUUAGCCAGAGAAAUUGAACUACUCAAACAAAAGCUUGAAGAGCUAGAACACCUUGCCAGAGCACGGGGUCUCACUGGCUUAUUUGAAUUCAGGCAUGCCCAUGCCACAGACAAUAGCAAAAUAGUGCCAUCAUGAUUACUAUAGAUAUUUGAACCCCAAAUUUCUGUAUAAGCGCUCACCCACUCUGAAUUUUUGGGACAAUACACCAUACAACCACAUAAUAAUGUAACUUUACCCCUAGCCUAAUCAGAGAGCACAGCAGUGACUUGUCAUGAACAUGAAGUGUAUAUUCUGAAGUGUACACACACAUAUAUUUUCUCCCUUUCUCUUUUCCCCCUUUUUUUAUUGAAGGAAGAUUUCCUCUUGUAAUUUGUUA